UCAGACAGCCACAUCUGCAGCCCAGAACUCGCUUUCAGGUCCAGAGCCAAUAUGAGCACUCUGCUGGCCGUCGUGCUCCUGAGCGCCGGCGUCUUCGCUCAGACGUCCGGCCAAGCCGCACCCUUCAGAGUCCAGGUCCAGGCGCAGCUCGGCGCCAACGCCACGCUCCCCUGCCGCCUGCUGCACCAGGACACUGACUCCUUGGCUCACGUGGGGAUCCGAGUCAAAUGGACCAAGGUGGCGGAGGACGAGGCUCUGAACCAGGACGUCAUGCUGAGCAUGGGCUUCCACCGCAAGACCUACGGGAGCUUCCAGGAGCGAGUCUCCCUGCAGGAGGCCGACCACACCGACGCCUCCCUCACCAUCAGGGACCUGUCCAGGGAGGACAGCGGCGUCUACCGCUGUGAGGUCAUCAACGGCAUGGUCGACACCAUCCAGGAGCUCACGCUCCACGUGGAGUCUGGAAGCCCGGAGGGCGUGGUCUUUCCCUACUCCCCCCACACCGGCCGCUACGAGCUGACCUUCGCGGAGGCGCGGCAGGCCUGCCUGAGGCAGGACUCCACGCUGGCCAGCCAGGCCCAGCUGCUGCAGGCCUGGAGGAGCGGCCUGGACUGGUGCAACGCCGGCUGGCUGCAGGACGGCAGCGUGCAGUACCCCAUCACCCGGCCCCGCGCGCCCUGCGGGGGCUCCGCCAGCCGCGCCGGCCUGCGCUCCUACGGCCGGCAGAACAGGAUGAGCCGCUUCGACGUCUUCUGCUUCGCCACUCAGCUGAAAGGCCGUUUCUACUGGCUGGUGCAGCCCGAGCGCCUGUCCUUCGCCCAGGCCGUGCAGGCCUGCCAGGACGACGGCGCCCAGAUCGCCAAGGUGGGCCACAUGUACAGCGCCUGGAAACUGGAAGGCUACGACCGCUGCGACGCCGGAUGGCUGGCCGACGGAAGCGUGCGCUACCCCAUCUCCAGGCCCCGCAAGAACUGCAGCCCCACAGAGGCCGCCGUGCGCCUGGUGGGCUUCCCCAACAAGACGCUCCGCCUCUACGGCGUCUACUGCUUCAGGGCCGAGGCAGAGUGAGCGCCUCACGUAACCGCCAGAGAGCAAGGAGGCGGCUGGCCUCGGAUGGCCUCUCUUUUCCCCUCAGAUUGGGUCUUCACAAGCGCACAGUGGACAAAAGUAGAAAUGAUAGAGACAAAGAAGUAGACAUCUGGACCACAGUUCAGGAAGCAUGGUGACACUAAUGGAAGUUAGCCUCGAGCAGAAUUAUGAAUGUAAAUCGCUCUGUGAAAGAUUUGUAUUUUUGUAUGUUUUUAUAGAGACUUUCACUUCCUGCCAGGCAUCGUCACUUUCUGCACAUUCAUCGCUCAAAUUCGAGUUCCACGGCAUCUCACCUCGUUCAGAAGGCGACAGAAGGCUCGUCCAGCCUCUUGUUUCGGACCACCGUCUUUGGCGCCUGUGUUUUGUUGCCAGGUCGUCUGCGGCUCCUUUGAA